ACAACCGACUCUCCCCUCCAGCCAAAUGAAACAGCUCGUCUAGUAAAUGGAAACUACUCGUCAGAAGGACGAGUGGAAGUAUAUCAUAGUGGUACUUGGGGCACUGUUUGUGACCAUGGUUGGGACGGAGUGGAUGCAAGUGUACUGUGCAGAAGCAUCGGAUACCCAGACGCCGUGAGAAGCCAUGGAAGUGCAUUCUAUGGGAUGGGCGACGGUCCCAUCUUGUUGAAUCACGUUGGUUGCUAUGGCUACGAAGACAGCCUCUUUGACUGUUAUCAUCAUGGCGUUGGUGUCCACCACUGCUCACAUGAUGAAGACGCAGGAGCAGUCUGUUAUCCAGAUGCCCGCCUCGUUAAUGGGGAUAACCCGAGUGAGGGUCGACUUGAAGUCUACUACGAUGGCGUCUGGGGAACUGUUUGUGAUCACUCCUGGUACAGCGCGAAUUCUUACGUCGUAUGCAGAAGUCUAGGGUUCCCAGGACCUAUUGGACAUGUCAAUAAUGCCUUCUUCGGGCAGGGCACAGGGCCCAUUCUUCUCAAUCAUGUGACAUGCAUGGGAGACGAGGGAAGUAUAUUUGACUGCAGCCACAACGGUGUUGGCAACAACCACUGCUACCAUUAUGAUGAUAUUGGGAUCAGAUGCCUCCAAAAUGUUCGGCUGGUCAAUGGUACCACCCCCGCCGAAGGAGAAGGACGACUUGAAGUCUUCCACGGGGGAUCCUGGGGCACUGUUUGCGAUCAUAGCUGGGGCAUGGACGAAGCAGACGUGGUCUGUAGAAGUCUAGGAUAUUCCUCCGCAGAAGUGGUAUUCUAUAACGCCUACUUUGGGGAGGGAAGUGGUGACAUCUUGCUCAAUCACGUUUAUUGCACCGGGUACGAAUCCAGCAUUUUCUACUGCAGUCACGAUGGUGUGGGCGUAAACCAUUGCAACCAUUCUGACGACGUUGGAAUACGAUGCGCUAAUGAUGGAGUAACAGCUGAACCCAUUACUACGACAGGUACGUAAGAUUAAUGAUUAAAUUCAGACCACAUCAAUGCAGACAACAUUCCGCCUAUAUAGUUGUUUCGCUGUUCGUUCUGCAGCUCGACGUAUUUCACUUCCAAUAAAAUUCAUUUCCAGCAGUUAAUGAACGUGUCCCAAGUCCAUAUGUAUAUAUGUUUUGUUAUAAUUGCUUACGUUGUACAGUAUAGAUUGGAGUAAGUAAAAUGAAUCAAAAUCAAAUCCAGUCGGUACAAACUAAAGACCUAUUUAUUUUCUUUGUAAUAUCCAUUUGAUUAAUAUUGUUAGCACUUGGAGAGCAGAAUAUUCAGCAUAAUUAUAAUAUGAUACUGUAAAGCGCUUUGAGCAUGUUUACAUGGAAAAGCGCUAUAUAAAUAU